GAUUGGCGCGGCCCGGCUCGGCUGGGCUCGGCUCAGCUCCGCUCCACCCGCUCCAUCCCGGCUCACCUGGGCUCGGAUCGGCUCAUCUCAGCUCCGCUCCACUCGGCGCAUCGCAGCCCGGCUCGGCUCGGCUCAGCUCCACUCGGCUCAGCUCGGCUCGGCUCGGCUCGCCCCAUCCCGGCCCGGCCAUGGUGGAGCGCUCGGACGAGGCACCGCUGCUGUUCUGGGCCGAGGGCCCCGCGGUGUCGGCGCCGCCGCCCGCGGCCGAGCCGGGCAGCGGCGGCAGGAGCAGCAGCGGCGGGCGGCGGAUCGGCGGCGGCUGGAGCGCGGCUCCGUGGGACGGCGAGGGGCCGGCGGAGGCGGCGGGGCCGCCGCGGGCGGAGGCGGAGGAGGACCAGAUCGUGGCCGUCUUCGUGGUCACCUUCGACCCCCGCACGGGUAACAUGGUGGAGUGGUGUUUACCCCAAGACAUAGAUUUGGAAGGCGUGGAAUUCAAAUCCAUGGCAAGUGGGUCCCACAAAAUCCAGUCAGAUUUCAUUUAUUUCCGGAAAGGGCUCUGUUUUGGCCUGGCCUGCUUUGCCAACAUGCCUGUGGAGAGUGAGUUAGAGCGUGGUGCCCGCAUGAAGUCUGUGGGGAUCCUCUCCCCUUCCUACACUCUGCUGUAUAGGUACAUGCACUUCCUGGAGAACCAGGUCAGACACCAGCUGGAGAUGCCAGGGCACUACUCCCAUCUCGAGGCGUUCUAUGAUGACAAGAAAGGAGUUCUCCCUGACAGCAAGGGUACCCCCGGCUCUCAGCAACCUGUCCACUGGCUGCCUUCCAUCCACAGAUACAUGUACCCAGAGAUGAAGAUCACACACCCUGCUGGCUGUAUGUCUCAGUUCAUCAAAUUCUUCGGUGAGCAGAUCCUUGUCCUCUGGAAGUUUGCCCUGCUGCGCAAGCGCAUAUUGAUAUUUUCACCACCCCCGGUUGGAGUUGUCUGCUAUAGAGUGUAUUGCUGCUGUUGCCUUGCAAAUGUUUCUCUGCCUGGUCUUGGAGGAACUGUCCCAGAGUCCAAACCAUUCUUCUACGUGAAUGUGGCAGACAUAGAAAUGCUGGAGACAGAAGUAUCAUACGUGGCCUGUACAACAGAAAAGAUCUUUGAGCAGAAACGGGAUCUCUAUGAUGUCUAUGUGGACAACCAGAAUGUAAAGACGCAUCACGAGCAUCUGCAGCCACUCCUGAAAAUUAACAAUGCUGACAAGGAGAAGUACCGACGGCUCAACGACCAGAGGCAGAUGUUAAUGUAUUCUCAAGAAGUGGGUGAGGAUUGCAGCUCCUGUGAAGAGGACCUUUUCAUCUUGUUUUUCAUGGAGCAGAACAACCGCAUAUUUCAGACGCUGAUGGAGGUGUCAGCCAGCCAGGACAAGACACUGACAGCUGACCACGCACGAGGCAUGGGCCUGGAUCCCCAAGGGGAUCGAAGUUUCCUUAUGGACUUGCUGGAAGUGUAUGGCAUUGAUGUUAUGCUAGUCAUUGACAACCCCUGCUGCACUUAAACCAAGGGCAAGAGAGAUGGGGAGUAAAGAUCACUUUUUAAAGACUACCAGACACUGCUUAGGAGGAUCACUGGAACUCACCACAGCCACAGUUAUUUAAUAACUUUAUAUGGAGAGUAUUUAUAAUUUUAAAACAAAAUGUGAUUUUAUUUUCUCCCCCUCAACUUCCCAGUGAAUACCUGCUCUAGGGCUUUUUCUUUUUUUUUUGUUUUGUUUUCUUUUGUCUCCCUUUCUGUUUCAUUCAUGUUUUUUUGUUUUGUUUAGCUAGGACCAGUGGCACCUUUGCACCAAUCCUCACUGUUGGCAGUGGUAGCUAGGUUUUGCCCUAGCCUGAAUACCUGAGGGCUGAACACUUCAGGAAAGCACUUUGUCUGAUGACAACCAAUGUGAAAUGCUAUAGCUGAGCUUUCACACUUGACUGGAAAACCCUCCUAUCAACUCCCCCUUCCACCUGGGGACUGAAGAGGGCUUCGGCACCGGCUGUUAAUGGCCCAGUCUCGUGGUCCCCUACCAAGUUUAUUGGUGGGGACAGGUAAACCAAUGAUAAAACCCAGGACUUCUUCAAUCACUCCUCACCCAACUUCUAGCAGCUGAACUGGAGUAAAGCCACCCUUCCUCCUCAACAGGAGAAGCAAGUUUGGGAUCAGGGAUGCUACAGGAUCUCGUGACUUUGCUUACCGGAGCAGCACGGUUUCACUUCCAGCACCUGAGGGGGCAUAAACUGGCAAAGACUGCACCUACCUAUCUCACAGCUGGAGAGGAACACCAUCUCUUCUUAACCCACUCUACCACUUCCUUUGGGUUUUAGUUGCAUCACUCCUGCUGCUUUGGUUUAAAAUCUUCAAACCAGCAAGACGGUCUCCCAUUUAACAGGGACCAACAUCACUGAGCCACUUUGCAGACACUGUUCUCCGGCCUCAGCUCAGAUGGUGCUGGCUGGACUGGGUACAAUAAGUAUGCUUUAACUAAUGUCACUAGCCCUUCCUUUGUAGCUGAUGGUACUUGUCACUCCUGUGCUCUAACACUGUCUGCUGAUCCUCCUUUUGAUGAGCCUUCAGCACUGCCUGCUGGUAUCCUUGGCUUUCAGUGUGAGGCAGAGAGCAGUCUGUGACCUUUCAGCUGGAACAGCUUCGAAGUUUGCAGGAGGGUUCCCUUGGAUUUUGGUGUUCUUAACUGGCACAACCACUAGAAGCAAUGUCUAACAGAAAGUCUUUCUUUUUCACGGGCAGAACUGUAGAACCAGAUGAACAGUGGUUUUUCUUAUUUUUAUGAUGUGGAAAGAAUAAGAUUCAGUUCAUGAAGGACCGGUCAUUACCUCCAGGAAGGCUAUCCCAGUAAAGAGUAAUCCCUUUGCCAUGCAAAAUCCAAGAAUGGUACUGUGGGUUCCAGGUGUGACAUACUGCUUUGCCCCAAAUCCUUCAGCCAGUAGUCACUCCCCUGCCCCCUUUUUCAAGGCUUUGGAUGUUUUUGUACAGAAGAAAACAUGCUGCUGCUUGUCAAUUGCUCACAACUGUAACAUCAUCAUCCUUAGGAGGUUGCAGAGAAAAAAUGGGGAAAGAGGUAAAAACAGCUGAGUAUCAUUUAAUGGAAAGACCAGUCUCUUGCUUAAGAAAUGGCUUUGUUUUUAAAUUGACACCUCAAGCAUAAAAGUGACCCACAAUCUGCAAGCUUUUGUUCUCUAACUUCCACUUUAGUUUUAACAUCUUGCCUGCAGAUACAAUCCCUGAGGAAACAGAGCUGGCAAUGUAUUGCUGUCACUUCCACCAAAAAAACCAAACCUGAAACUAGUCUCUAGGAAAUUUUCCUCUGACUUUCUUGAUGGUUUGCUACAUAGUUCAGCUGUGGUCAGCUGUUAAUGACUUUCUAUUCUCUUUGUCAGUAGUUCUUUUGCUAAACUAAACAGACCACAAACCUUAAACUUGUUGAAAUUUUACAGCCACUGCAGUCAGAGGCUUUCCAACACCCCUGCAUUAGGGCACCAUGUUCACAAGCUGUUAGAACAUGAGGUCCAGUACCCAGCACUGCUAGACCCCACUGAGCAGAACCUCCAGAAAUUACCAUUUGACAUUUAUUAAACCUGUUUUCCAGAAACUGGGUCUUCAGUUGUUAGCAGUAGUAUGGGUGCAGAAGCAUCAAAGCAAGCAGAUUAUCGUAGAACACCCAUGCUACAUCCAGCUGGAUGGCUAUAGCUUAUCUGCUCUUCCUUGUAAUUUUACUUCUCUACCAAGCCUCUUUUGCCAGGUGACUGCUACAGAAGUCAGGAAGUUGCCUGACAGAACACAGAACAAAAAGAUUUCUCUCUCCUAACACUUCCUUAUUUGAAUUGCUGCAAAAGUACUUUCCACCUGCACUCCUUUUCUAAAAGACACUGCUUUUACUGUUGUUGCAUGUGGAAAAUGCUUGAUAAGUGGGUACACUGUACAAACAAAUGGUUAUGGCUUAGGACAUGAAGGCCUGUUCAUGAGGCUGGUUUUGCAUGGAACCAGUUUAACUGAGUCUUAUCAUUCCAGGAGAUAACAUAAUUCAAGGUAAAACAGUUAAGUGCAGACAUUUAAAAUACAUUUAAAAAGCAACUCAAUAGUUGCUUUGCUGAAUGCUAGCAGCUGGAUGGGAGAGAAUUACCUGGUUAUUUUGAAUUAAAAGAGGGAGGAAAGUGUGGCAUAACUUAGGAUAUUGCUGAUUAGUAUGAAAUCCUCCAUUCAAAGUACUUUGCCUUUACAGUGGUGCCUUUUGUUUCUUUGGUUUAACACCUCUGGUUAGUUGCUGUGAUCAGAGCCCAGGCUGAAUGGUGGUUACAGUAACCAGGGGUAUCCUGUGCCCUGGUAGCCAGUCCCAGUCAUUGUACAGCCAUUGCAGGUUCUCAGCUGGUACUUGCUUGAGUUUAACCAGGAGAACAAGAGCCUCAUAACUGUAUCUUAAGUCAAGCUGCACUAGAAAUGGAUCACUGAGCAAUGAAUUAUUACUACUUUUACUACCUAGAUUGAAGGGUAAAGCUUGGGAGAGAAGGAAAAGCUGGAUUUGCAAUCUGAACAAGGGACACACACCAGACAUUUAAAUUAUCCAAAAGCCUUCUCACUGCAAGGUUAGGCCAAGCUGCAUAAAACCAAUUAAGAAUUAUAAUGGAUACCAGGAGAAAGGCACUUUAUGGAAUCAGAAUUCAGAUUUGUCUUACAGACCUUCUUUUCCAGCAUACAUGAAGGAGUUACUGCAAUGUAUCUUAGGAGCUAAUGGUCAUCUGUCUCAGGAGUCCUCGCCUGUCCAGCACCCUUAGGGGCAGAAGAAAGUUGUAUCACCUUUUCAAGAGAAAGUACCUUACUGUACAGGUUAUUCUGUAAAGCAGAGUUAUGGUAAUACUUCCUCCUUUUUAAAAACUGUUCAAGUUAAUGAGCAAAAAGCUGGGAGUAGCUGUGGUCCUCUUAGUGACAGACUACGCAAGGGACAGGGAAGCUUCACUCUGGGAGGUGGAAAGGCAGGGGUUUCUGGAAUAGCAGGGCAAGAGCACUCUGUCCUAACAUAAAAGUCUAGGUACAAAGCAUGCACACUAACCCAAACUCUUGUCCUAGCCCUUACUUCUAAGUUAGCUGCUGUCUUCUUUCCACCUCCCCAAAGCCAGCGGUGUAGUGAUUAUAGGAGAAGUCAACAUAAAUGCCCAUUUUGAGGGAGUCAAAUGUACUGACUUAACAGUGUGAUCUGUCUGUCUAAAACAGGUGGUACUAAAUGCCUGUGAACAAGGAUUUCAGGUCUUGGCUAAUGCAACACACCCAUUUAAAUGGGAAUGUUUAAUUGUGGUCAAAAUAAACAGGUGCCUUGGGCUGGUCCAUCAUUAGGUUGUUAUCCUUCCUUUUUAUUUUUGUUACAGUAUUUUAAGCCCUCCUAAAAUGGACUGUAGGUUUAAGCCAGAGUAAGUGUUUUCAUUAGUGGGACCUAGGAUUCUACUCCUCCUUCCUGUCUUGGGAGUUUGUACAAAGAGGUUUUCUGUGUUGCUGUCAGACAGAAACAUGAGAACUGAAUCCUUUUCUCAACACUGUAGAUAGCGGGUUCAGCCCCUGCUUAUUUUAUGUAAUGUUUGCCUCACACCUCCCCUCUGAACGUUGCAGUUUAGAGGUCUAGAACCACCCCAUACUGGAAGAACCCUGAACUGCAGAAGGAGGAAAAUUACUUGAAGGGUAUUUAUACAAGCUACUCAACUUAUGCUGAUAUGAAUAUUUAAAUAUCAGCCUGUGUCUCAGAUGAUACUUGGUACUUUAACAUCAGAACAGCAUUAACAACACCAAUUCUGAAGGGAGAUCUUGGUUACUCUCAAGCAAGGAAUCACAUUGCAAUGGGAGCUGUGCAUCUGAUGCUAUGGAAGAGAACUAAUUGUUUUCCCUGUAAAAUGCUACAGAUGAACAAGGAGCUAGUUCUUAUCAUCUCCCCCCUUGCAGCAGGCUGGUUGUAGUUCUAACAGCUCUGAAGUUGUUUGCAUCUUGCAGAUGUGUGGUUGCUCCCUGUGGCUCUGUAGAGAAACUGCUUACUAAAAACAUGGGUAUUUUUUAAAACAAUUAAAGCUUACCUUUUUGAAAUGGCUACUGCCUUGUCUUUCCUGCCACUUGAGAAAAAACAUAUUGCUGAUUUUAUUACAGAAAUAUCAGCUUAAGGAAAAACUCUGUUGGUGGGAAUUGCCCCGACUCUGAAUGAGCCAGUGGCUGCAGGGCAACAUCCCAGGUGUCUCUGUGGCAAGCAAAAAGAGCAGAGCACAGCCAACAUGUUCCUUGGAGAGUGACCCAGGGGGUCCACUGGGCACUCUUAAUUGCUGCAAACCAAAAGAAAGACAGCACAAAACAGGACCUAUCACCAGCAUUACUACUGAAAAGAACUAGCAGGCUUCUACUCCCUGAGAUCUUAGUCACGAAUGGUUAGGGUUGGAAGGGGCUUUAAAGAUCAUCUAGUUUAGGUAAUUAGUUUCUCCACAGAAUAGUCCAGGGAAGGAGAGCAAUCAGUGUAGUUCCAGCAUCAUGCAGAAACCCAACCCUGCUUCCCCUUUCAAGGCAUUUUUCCUUUAUGAAGUCUCCAGCAGAGGAUGCCAGUGGAGCAGCGUGUAGCCAAGAAUGCAGUCUUUAAAAAAAGCAGCUGGAAGUCAAGUCACUAAAGUUCGUAUUUUGAUUACAGCAAAGAGUCAGCAGAUAACCUUAGACUGGAUCACAGUGUAACACAGGGACUACAGACAAGCAAGUCACAUCAGAAAAACAAGGGGAAUGAAUUCUUCUUCUUCCAGUAAGCAAGGCAGAAUCAUGUGAAUUUAUAAGCUACAAUGAGAAGGGCAACACAUAACCUUGCCUAAGUCAAUACUUCCUUUCAGCAAUUAAAGAAAAGCUAUAAACAAAAUCUCAGAAAAGCAACAAAACUAAUUAAGGUACUGAGGCUCAAGGGGAUAUAGAUUGCAUACGGAGUGGUGAGCACUGUUUACAUUAGAAGAGAGCAACCAGACACAAUGAAUAAUAAAAAUUAUUUGGAUGCCCUUAUUUGUGUUAUAUUACUACAGGAAUAAAAGGAAUACUUACAAAAGAAGACUCA